GACGUCUAUCAAGCGCGUCAUUCAAGUGUAUCAUUAUAUAUGUGAAUACUUGGUCAAUUUUUUUAUCUGCUUUAUUUUUUCAUGGAUUAGAGGUUCCUUAUAUGUAUAUAUAACAGGAGCCAUUAAUAUCCCAGGGUAAAGGUGGACAAUGAGCGAACAUUUAGCAUGCUUCGAUAAGGACACAGAGAAUCAGGAGCAACAGAUUCACAUAGCGUCUGCAUCUCAUGAUGUUUCAAAAAUUGAAGAAUUGGUCAAACAAGGUGCGGACGUCAAUAUAUUUACUGAUGAUAAUGUUUGGACUCCUUUAAAGUUGGCUACAGCAGCUAAUAAAGAACACUUACAAAAUGCUAAAAAAGAGAUCCAAGGAGAAGAAAGAAGAAUAAAAACUAUUCUUUGCUUAUUGAUUCAUGGGGCAGACAUCAAUCGUUGUGGAAAUGAUGGAAACAGUCCACUCUAUAUAGCUUGUGAAAAGGGAGAUGACAAUGCCGUAAAGCUUUUAUUGACUGGAGGCGCAGAAAUAAAUCAAUGUAAUGAAAACGGAGUAAGUCCGCUCUAUAUAGCUUGUCAAAAUGGACACGAAAGCAUAGUUAAACUUUUACUAAAAAACGACGCCAAUAUUAACUUAUGUGACUGCAGAAAAGCAAGUCCCCUAUGGAAAGCUUGUCAAAAUGCACAUGUUAGCAUUGUACACCUCUUACUUAGCUUAGAGGCCGACUUCAGUUCCUGUAAUGAGAAUGGAGUAAGCCCCCUUCAUAAAGCCUGCCAAAAUGGCAACGACAGCUUGGUUCAACUUUUAUUGAGCAAAGGUGCCAACAUCAACAUAUGCACAAAAAGGGGAAGCAGUCCUUUGUUGAUUGCUUGUAACAAUGGACAUGAAAACACAGUCCGACUUCUCCUUAACAAAGGUGCUGAUAUCAAUUUAUGUAACAUCAAUGAAGUUAGUCCUCUUUGGAUAGCUUGUCAAAAUGGACAUAGCAAAACGAUACAACUUUUAAUUAAUAACGGAGCCGAUAUUGAUUUAUAUGACAACUUUGGAGUCAGUCCUUUGUGGAUGGCUUGUCAAAAGGGACUUGAUAGCAUAGUAAAACUUUUACUGGACAGCGGCGCCAACGUCAAUUCAUGUGAUAACGCUGGAAACAGCCCCCUCUACAUAGCAUGUGAAAAGGGACACAAUAGCACAGCACACCUUUUACUGAACAAGGGCGCCAAUAUCAACUCAUGUUACAACGAUGGAUUCAGUCCGUUGUUUAUAGCUUGUCAAAAUGGACACGAAAGCACAAUACAACUUUUACUUGAUAAUGGCGCAGACAUAAAUUCUAUCAGUAAAAAUGGGGGGAUUCCUUUGUGGAUAGCAUGUGAAAAUAGACAUAACAAUACAGUACAACUUUUGUUGAACAACGGUGCAAACAUCAAUACAAGUACAGGCAAUGAAGUUAGCCCUCUGUGGAUAGCAUGUAAAAAUGGAGAUGACAGCAUGGUACGACUUUUACUUGAGAAUAGGGCCGACAUAAACUUGAAUAAGAACAAUGGAUUUAACCCCCUUUACAUAGCUUGUGAAAAUGGCCAUGAAAGCACGCUACAACUAUUACUAGACAACGACGCCAGCAUCAAUUCACGUGACAAAAAAAGAGAAAGUCCCCUCUUCAUAGCUUGUCAAAAUGGACACGAAAAAAUAGUUAACCUUUUACUGACUAAUGGCGCAGAUAUCAAUGCAUGUAACAAGAAUGGCAUCAGUCCCCUUUAUAUAGCUUGUGAAAAUGGGCAUGAUAGCACGGUAGAACGUUUACUGAACAACAGUGCCGACAUUAAUUUAUGCAACAAGCUUGGCGUGAAUCCCCUUUACAUUGCUUGUCUUAAAGGGCAUGACAGCAUAAUCCGUAAGUUAUUGAAAGGAGGUGCCGAAAUUAAUGUUUCUUCUAAUGAUGGAGUCAGUCCUCUGUGCAUAGCUUGUCAAUAUGGAUAUAACAGCACAGCCAAACUUUUAUUAAAAAACGGCGCCGACGUCAAUUUGUGUGACAAAGAUGGAGUAAAUCCUCUGUUGAUAGCUUGUCAAAAUGGACAUGACUGCAUAGUCCAACUUUUACUAAAUAAUGGCGCUGAUAUUAAUUUCUGUUCGAGGAGCGGUGUCAGUCCUCUCGACAUGGCAUAUAAAAAGGGACAUGACAGCACGGUACAUCUUCUUCUUAAUAGUGGUGCCAACAAACAUUCAAUCUGAAAUUUUAGAUUUAAUUCUUAGCUCGCUUGUCUCACAUACCGUAAUGAAAAAGGAAUUUUUAAAGUAAAUGUGAUUAAACAAUUGAGGUAUGGAUGGAAGAUGUAUUAUCCAUAUAUAAGUGUAAACAAUUUCAUUGAUUCAAAAUUUGCAGACUUUCGCUAUAUCAAGAUAACAUUUUAUCAUUUCCUUUUUUUUUACCAGUGAAAAUAUAUUGUUUUAAUAAUCCUUGAAACAUAGGUCAAAGACCUUGUACAGAUUAUCAAAAUAUGGGUUUUUGAUUAUGGGCAUGAAUGAUUGUUAAAUGUGAAAGGCAUGUACGUAUCAUUUGCAUUUUUAAGCAUAUAUAUGAAGAUCAUUGUUACAGUAAUGAAAUACAAUACAUUUGUAAAUACUCUUAGUUAAAAGGUAUGGUAUACAUUAACCUGAUACAACAUAUCUUAACAUUAUUUGUUUUUCAAUCAUUACAAAAUACUUUCUUUGUUCAUUUAAUACUAACUUUUAUGCAUUAAUUUAAAAUCAAUGUACCAAGAAGGAAAAAGCAACAGGACUCGGGAUUAAUUCCCUUUAUAUUGUACAUGAAUAUGAGGUAUGAUGAACAAUGCUUUCCUUAAGGAUUUUUCUUUGAGGAUUCAUCUCGCUUUACCUUAAUGCCAACACAUCCAUCCUCUUGAAAAGGACACGGUCUAAAUUAAAGAACUUUUGUUGCUACACCAUAUAAGAACUAGAGCUGCUGCUAAAGGUAAGAAGAUUGCUUUUUCUAAGUAAACGAUGUCUUGAAAGUUUAAAACGUGAUACAGUAAAUACUGUAUAUUCAAGCAUACAUGCAAUCUGUUUCACUGUGAAUACCGACGUUAACUCUCAUUUUCACUUAUGUUCCUUCCAAUAUCUUGUCUUUUCCUGUAUAAAAUUUGUUUCCUAUUGCAUGAUAGAUUAUAGAGUUCAUAUUGUACAUUCCAUCCAAAUGUGUAUAACUCCUCUCUAUCUGUCUCCAUGACACGGCAAGUAAGAAAAAAUGAAUCACUAAAAACAUGUUGAUCAAACAAUAAAUCAAUCGUACUUUCAUUCUUUUCAUAGCGUAACUUGCCAUUGUCUGUCUAUUUAUAAAAGUGACAUAUUGUUAACAUGAGACUUUAGCAACAUUUAAAAAAGUGCACUGGGGUUUUGUAUAGAAAUACAGUAGAGUGUAAUUAAUCUUCAAAAGUGUAUCAAAUGAUAACAAAUGAUAAAUGUUUAACUUUUUAAGUGUAUAAUUUACCAAGAAUUGAAAUAAUU